AUGGAUGCUGACAGAAUGAAGAGAAAGGAUCGGGCCAGAUUACCAGAGAGCAAAAGAAGAAGACUAUUUUUGAAGGAAGAGAGGUCUACCUCGAAGGGAGGAAAUGAAGCAAUUGAAGGAUUGUCUUAUCAAUCUGAAAUUGGACUUUCUGUGAAAGAAGAGGAUAUAGAAAAAAUUCCAGAUCCUGUGCCAAAGCCCAGCUUUUCCUCCUCUUCAAAUUUGAAAAACUGCUCAGCACCCAGUGUUGUUAUUUUAGAUCUGGAAACCACUGGCCUGAUUCAGCAUGGCAUUAUGCCCCACAUCACUCAGAUAGCUGCUGUGAACAGCAAUACCAAGGAGCAGUUCUCAAGAUAUGUGGCUCCAGAGCUGCCUAUUACACCAAUGGCUGAAAAAGUCACCAACAUUACCUGGAGUGGUGGAGUUCUUUGUUACCGUG